UCGAAAUCUGUUUGAAUCGCUCAAAAUAUGAGGUCAUAUGCUACGCCCCAUUGGGGGCUUAUUAGGGUUAUCGAGAUGUAGAUGCUUAUGGAGAUGUACAGCGAUGCAUCCUGAUGAACAAAGAUUCCAUUUUGAAGUUCUAUGAUACUUUUAUUGUUAAAUACCUUUCUUUAAAAACCCGAUUCUGUAAGGAUACUUAACAGCGAACUCAAUAUGGAUCGAAAAUUUAGUAUGUUCAGUGCAAAUAAUGUUUGGUUUCUGUAGAUGAAAAUAAAGAAUCACUGGAUAGUUCGGAAUGCAUACAAAUGGUCCGGCUGUGUUCGGAAUUGCAUCUACAAUGCAGAACGUACCUCACAAUUAUUCGAACUAAUCUCGAAAUAGAUGAUGAAAAUACCGAAAGUUCUCGGUCGGAAAGCGAUAUCGUUUGUGCUUUAAAAAAACUUCAUGCUCUGUUGAACUCGGGCUUUUCUUCAAGGAUUAAAUAUUUGUAUUCGAUAGCAGGUGAUUAUGAUUUCGGCUCUUUGCGGGCGAAUGGCAUCCGAAGCUUUUUGGCAAUCACUACGAGAUGCUCUGCUGUUCUGCUGAUGUACAUUCGGCAAAUGAGUUCAUAUUCCCUUUCCAACUGGUCUGGUAUAACACAUAAAAGCGUGAUAGCAUACAUCAAUUGCCUUAUGGAGCUCAGCUUGUGUCUUGAAGUUCUUAGUUAUCUACCACGUUUCACUAAACCUUGUACGCUUUUCCCUCGAUCUGAAUUCGUCGAUUUGCCGGAGAUUGGACAUUGUGAUGUAAGCAGUUUUGAUGAUAAACCGACAAAUAUUACCGAUGCAUAUUCUACUGUGAAAUCAAAACAGCAUCAAGAAGAUCUUUCAGAGUUCUACCGACUAGAAGUCCUAUCAGACAGUAUAAAACAAGAAUAUUUUUAUGGUCGUUGUCUAGCCUUUUACUUAUGCCCUAGUGCUCAGAGAAUUUUGCUGUUCCUCAAUUCGUUUAUGGCGGGAUAUGGUAAUAGCUUUUUGACUAGCAAACAAGGAAUUGUCAGCUUAGUCAACACAGUUUAUCGGUCCGUUACUUCUUACUUAUCCCCUGAAGACCGCGGCAAAAUGCUGGCAAAGCUUACACGAAAUUCCAGUGUUCAAUUUUGUAAAGCGUUUUGGAAUUUAGCAGAAUUACGUGUAGUAUCCGAAGCCCCCAAUGUAAUUCUACCUUCCAUGGCUGUAGCUCGCUCUUUUAAAUUACAAACAAAAUCGCUAAAAAUACCUCUAGAUAUGAAUAUACGAGAAAACGGAAGAGAAUUCAUUGUAAUAGAACCACCAAAAUCACAUUUUGGCACUGCUCCACUAGGGAUGCGUAUAUUAUGUCGUCAUCUUAGAUCUGGUUUGGAAUGGACUCGGACAUCUGAAUCUCCUAAAUUUUUCGAAUCACCUAACUGCAUAAAUCAAUCAAAUCAUCACUCAAGCAGAAAUUCAGUAUCACCAUUACUAUCGUACAAUUCACGAUUCUUUCCAUCCAACGAUUCAUCAUCUGUUGUUUUAUCAAGUUCAAAUGAUCGUCGUUAUUCGUACGAAAGUUUUAAAUUUUCAAAUACUUCAACUGAGAAUAAUACAAAUAAAUCACCUUAUGUAUUGUUUUAUGUACACGGUGGUGGAUUUAUUGCUUUAACAUCUCAGUCACAGGAUAACUUUUUACGUAUAUGGGCUGAACAGUUGAACUGUCCAAUUAUAGCUGUUGAUUAUUCACUUUCACCUGAAGCGCCUUAUCCACGUGCAUUAGAAGAAUGUUAUUAUGCCUAUUGUUGGAUAACAUUAAAUCGUGAAAAAUUAGGUUGUACAUCAGAUGCGAAAAUUGUUCUUGCUGGUGAUUCUGCUGGAGGGAAUCUGGCACUGGGUGUUUGUAUGCGCGCUGUACGAGAUGGCUUACUUAAUAAACCAAGUGGGAUAUUUUUGGCUUAUACGCCUGUAUUGGUUUCUUUUACACCAUCUCCUUCAAGAUUAUUAUCACUUUGUGAUCCUUUACUUCCUAUUGGUGUUCUUGCUAAGUGUUUAUUGGCUUAUGCUGGUAUAGACGAAGCAACAUUGGAUUCCGACGAACUUGAUGAUGAUUUCGAAGUUGAUAAAAAUCCUUCAAACUUAACAACUGAACCAAAUUCCCCAAUAUGGUCUCGAUUAUUUUCAACGCUUUGGUCUAAUCCAUCGAAAUUAGAUUUAAAUAAUUCUAAAGAGUUAAAAAUUGGACAUUUACGUCGAUAUUCAAACAUAACAAUGUCUCCUUUAUAUGAUGCUUAUUUGCAAAAUCCAAAAGAUCAAUCUGUGCCGUCUAAUUUAUGUCGGUUAAGUGAAGAAUCUCACUCCUCACAUAAAUCCCCAAAGUUGAAUAAAUCAGAGAAAGAAAAAAGUCCAGACCAUAAUGAGGAUGAAUGUACACCAAUAUUGAAGCAUCCACAUCGACCCCGAACUGAUUUGAACCGUAUUCGAAAUAUUCAUUUAACUCAGAAUGGAUUCAUGUCACCGUACUUAGCUUCAGAUGAUAUGCUACGUGGAUUACCUCCUGUUGUUUUUGUCUGUUCACAAUUCGAUCCAUUUUUGGAUGAUGGACUAGAGUUAGCUAAACGUCUUUCUAAACUUGAUGUCUCAGUAGAUGUACGUGUCUUAGACAAUUUACCUCAUGCAUUUCUUAAUUUUUGUCUAUUGGGUCCAGAAUUCCAAAUUGCUAAUAAGAUUUGUAUUGAAUUAGUAAAAAAUUUAUUUGAUGAAUAUUAUAUAAAAAAUAAUGAAUAAUUUAUUACUAAAAUACUGAUUAUCUAUGCGCCUCAAUUUCUUUCUCUUAUUAUCAUACUACUUAGUACUUUUCAUAUUAGUAGUAGCUGUGAUAUCCAAUAUUAUCUCAUUUCAUUUUUUAUUCUCUUCCUUUUUCACAUCAAAUAAUCAUACAAAUUUUAUUUACGCUUCAUCAUCAUCAAAUGGAUUGUCUAUUCUCAUUUUCAAUUUGUACAUUCGAUUCAUGUACAUACCCCAUAUACAACAAAAGUACAUCAACAACACCCAUGUUUAUUGUGUUCUUUCAUUUCUCUUUCUUUUUGACUUUAUCACUUCUGUAAUGCAAAUAAUUUCAGCUAUUUUGUAUGUAUUUAUGUAUGUGUAUCUUUUACAGAUUCACUAUUAUUAUUAUCGUUAUUAUUUUGUUAAGUAAUUUAUCAACAGAUUACUUAUUUUUUAUUUUUAAACUUCAUUCUUAGUUAUUUUUAUUGUUGUUUUUGUUUCUCUAGUUUAUUUCCUCUUUUAUCGUUUGUUUUCUCUCUUUUGUAUGUAUAUUGUUAAUAUACUGAUGUAUUAUUACAAGUACUACUCAUUGCCUUUCAAACAUAGCUAUCUUGUUCAAAUGUUUUUUGUUUGUUGCUUUACCCUUUUAUCUUAUUGUUGCAUAUUAUUUAUUUAUUUUGUUUAGACUACUCUAAUUCAUGAUUUAAAAGUUGAAUAAAAGCGCUAGUUGAAGUUAGACAUUAACACCGUUGGAUGCCGCCUCAGUGGUCUAAUGUUUAAGCGCUCGCGCGCGAGACUGAUAGGUCCUGGGUUCGGAUCUCGCUGGGAGGAUCGUGGAUGCGCACUGCUGAGGAGUCCCAUACUAGGACGAAACGGCCAUCCAGUGCUUCCAGGUUUUUCAUGGUGAUCUAGCUUCAAUUGACUCAUGAUUUCAACUGUUGAAAAGCGCUAACAUCCUCUAAUUGAGAGAGAAAAAAGAUCGUAUCAUAAUCUUUUAUAUUAUUGAAUAAAUUUUUUUCUUAUUUUGUUCUUUCGAUCAAUGCUUCAGAUUCAUUGUAAAUUAUCACGAUCAUUGAAUGAUAGUUUCGUCUUUUUUGAUUUUAUUUAAUCUUAAAUAAUAUGGAUCUUAUCCUUAAAUAUUCUAUAUGCAAAUACUUUACAUGAUUAUAAGUUAUAUUGUUGCGCUAAAAUUGACAAUUCUUCCUACUUAUUGAAAUUUUAUUAAUUAAAUGAAAAUAUACUCUAUAUUCAUUGA